AGCCAAUAACGAAAAAGUGUUGUAAAAUAAGGCGGGAUAUCAAAGUCUUGAAGAAUUACUCAUUGAAAAGAAGCCAACAAGCGUUGGAGUUGACUUCUCGGUGCGGUUAAGAAUUUACAGGAGUGAAACCAAGAAAUUUAACGUUUUCUAUUUUUCCCGGAGACGCACAAACAGGGCUGCAGCGAUGUGGAUUCAAGUGCGAACUAUGGAUGGCAAAGAAACCCACCGGGUGGAUUCGCUGUCCAAACUAACGAAGGUGGACGAGCUUCGGCUGAAGAUUUCGGAGCUCUUCAAAGUGGAGCAGGAUAGAAUGAGGCUGUUCUAUCGUGGCAAGCAGAUGGAGAACGGGCACACAAUAUUUGACUACAACGUGGGCCUUAACGACAUAGUGCAGUUGCUUAUUAGACAGAACGCUCCCCAUAUUGAAGUUCCCAAAAACAAGGACAAAGAUGCCGAGCUUUCGGACUCUGAUUCUGGCUGCGGCUCAACCCAGAGUGAGUCUGACAAGAGUUCGACCCAUGGAGAGAUGGAGGUUCAGACUCCUGGUACAUCCUCCCAAACAAACAACCCACAGCUACUGGAUCGUGGAUUUGGAUUUUACAAGGUGAAUGAAAUGGUGGAUGCGAGGGACUUGAAUAUGGGGGCGUGGUUUGAAGCUCAGAUCGUGGAUGUCACCAAGAGCCCCAAAACCCCUAAAGUGGAUCUGGAGGAUGAGUCAGAGCAUGAACAAGAGGAGAUUCUGUACCACGUGAAAUUUGAUGAUUACCCGGAGAACGGAGUGAUCCAGCUUCUGGCUAAGGAUGUUCGACCAAGGGCCCGGACUGUGUACCAGUGGGACCAGCUGGAGCCUGGUAUGAUCGCUAUGGUCAACUACAACCCAGAUGACCCCAAGGAGCGUGGCUACUGGUAUGAUGCUGAGAUCCAGAGGAAAAGGGAAACGCGCACCCUGCGAGAGAUUUAUGCUAAGAUUAUUCUAGGGGAGGCAGGCGACUCCCUCAAUGACUGCCGGAUCCUGUUUGUAACUGAAAUUUAUAAAAUUGAGGAGCCCGGGUCUCAAAGUGAUACACCUGCAGGAUCUGAGAGCCCAAUGAAACGAUCAAAUGGACCAGAGUGCAAGCACUGCAAAGAUGAUCCUGAUAAAAACUGCCGCUGGUGUAACUGCAAUGUUUGCGGCAUCAAGCAGGAUCCUGACAAACAGCUUUUAUGUGAUGAAUGCGACCAGGCUUAUCACAUAUACUGCCUGAACCCACCACUAACCUCCAUCCCAGAGGAUGAAGACUGGUAUUGCCCGAAUUGUCGCAAUGAUUCAAAUGAGGUGGUGCGUGCUGGGGAAAAGCUGAAGGAGAGUAAGAAAAAAGCAAAGAUGGCCUCUGCUACCUGUUCAAGCCAGAGGGACUGGGGCAAGGGAAUGGCCUGUGUUGGUCGAACGAAGCAGUGUACCAUUGUCCCUUCAAACCACUAUGGCCCAAUCCCUGGUGUUCCCGUUGGCUCAUUGUGGAAGUUCAGAGUGCAGGUCAGUGAGUCUGGCGUCCACAGGCCACAAGUAGCUGGGAUACAUGGCAGGAGCAAUGAAGGUGCCUUCUCUUUGGUCUUGGCAGGAGGCUAUGAGGAUGAUGUGGAUGACGGGAAUGAGUUUACUUACACUGGUUCUGGGGGACGAGACCUUUCUGGGAACAAGAGGACUGCAGAGCAGUCAUGUGAUCAGACACUUACAAACAUGAACCGUGCACUUGCUCUCAACUGCAAUGUUCCUGUCAAUGACAAGAAUGGUGCUCAGGCAAAGAACUGGAAGGAUGGAAAGCCAGUCAGAGUGGUUCGUAACUGCAAGGGUCGCAAGCACAGUAAAUACGCCCCCGAGGAAGGAAACCGAUAUGAUGGGAUAUACAAGAUUGUUAAGUACUGGCCAGCCAAAGGCAAAUCUGGCUUCUUGGUAUGGCGCUACCUCUUGAGGCGGGAUGACGAUGAGCCAGCACCAUGGACCAGAGACGGCAAGGAACGGAUCAAAAAGCUUGGUCUUGUGAUACAGUAUCCUGCUGGUUAUCAGAAGGAGAAGGAGAACAAAAAUGAAGUUGAAGAGGAGGAGACGCCCAGCAAGGCAAAGCGGAAGAGACGAUCUCAGGGCAGUGACUCCACCAAGAACUCACCAGCCAAGAGUCCCAAGAAAGUGAAGGUGGAAGUUUACAAGCUGUCAGGAGAGCAGAAGGCACUCAUCAAAGAUGACACUCAAAACAAGAAAGUGUGGGAUGAAGCCAUAGAGUCGCUUUCACUUGGCCCGAAAUUUCUGAACAAAGUUGAAGAGGUUUUCCUUUGCAUUUGCUGUCAAGAAGUGGUCUAUCAGCCCAUAACCACUGAGUGCCAACACAAUGUGUGCAAGGAAUGCCUUCAGCGUUCUUUCAAAGCAGACGUGUACACCUGCCCGGCCUGCAGACAUGACUUAGGCAAAAACUACUCCAUGGCUGUCAACAAGCCGCUGCAAGAGAUCCUAAAUCAGUUUUUCCCAGGUUACAGCAAUGGUAGAUGAUCAGCUCUACGAGACAGUCUUGGUGGAAACAAUGCAAAGUUUAAGGGCAAUUUGCAUUUGAUGAUAAAGAAUCCAUUUUUCUUAAUAUAUAUGUUUGUGAUUUAUGAAAAUCUGCCAUUUUUGUGGACUUCAAUGAUACUGUAUUCCAUGACAUUCUUCAAUGAUGUGUUGGUAAUGUAAUUGAAUUUUUGAUUUCAUACACUGCCUGAAUCCUUUGGCCAUUGCAACCGUUAAAUUUCAUUUUGCAGUUUUCGGUUAAUUUACCCAUACUUGUUAAUUUCAAGUGUCAUACUUUUUAAUAUGUAAUAUAUAAACUAUGAAUUCGGUGCUUCUCAAGAGAGGUUAAUUUUACAGUUUUUAUCUCAAACUAGCUGUGGCACAUUUGAUAAGUUGUUUCUUUGGCUCACAUAUUACUCCCUCGUUGCCUGGUUCUCCUUUAUUUUUUGAAGAUGCCAAGGCCCGACUUGACGGGCUGCUAGUAAGCGUGUGGCUUUUUGCUUUGACAAAAUCGCUUAUCCGGAAUUGUACUCAAAUGCUGUUAUGAAAGAUCUUUUGUUUUGGAUUCCUCCUAGUUGAAUUUCAGUGGGUGGUGUUUAAGGCUGACUUCCGUAUUUAGUUACUUGGGAGCAGGUUUUAAUUCCAAAGAAAAAUGCUUAGAGUGUAUUGUAGAACCCCCAUAUAGCUGUUACUUGUUGGUUCUAGAAAUCUUGUGUAUUUUUUCUCCGUUAAUGUAUUCAGUAAUUUUUGUAUUUUUAAACUAAUAAUUUGUCGAAAUGUAGACCAGUGGGAUCUCAAACAAAGUUGUGUAAUUCCCGUUACUUGCUUGACUUACAUGUAAUUUGCCGUUAAAUGCAGCAAGUUUGAACAUCCACCACCUGGCAGAUGGCCUUCGUUGUUGACGCCAAGAAUUGCAGAAAUAAAAAAUAUUCUGAAAUUGUAAAAUGUCUAUUUUAGUUUUGAUAUGGUUUUAGAAUUGCUCGCAUAUGAUGCGAGUUUGU